ACAAACCCUAAACAUCAAAUUAAAAAGUCCCCUCUUUUUUAAUUAACAAUAAUAAUAUGAAAAAGACUAAUCUGUAACUUUUCUCUUCAUCUGUCACCUUCAAUUGCGACUUUUGAUUCCACCACUUGCAAGGAACCACCCAUUUCUUCUCCAUUCUCUUCUACAUUCUAUUGCCUUAAAUAUAUAUAUUAUUCAGUGACAGAAUUAUGAAUCAAAUAAAGGAGGAUUUUGAUGGCGAAGAACUUUCAUUUUCAAAUUCAAAUUCAAAGAAUGAAGCAACAGUCACAGUGAGUGUUCCUAAAGAAGAAGACGAAGCAGAAGAAGAAGAAGAAGAAGAAGAGGAUCCAAUGGAGUAUCCAAUGGAAGUAGACGAACAAGAUUCAGUGUCACUCUCCCCCGCCACCGUUUUCCGGAUUCGUCUCAGACAACCUACCUCCAAUUUACUUCACAAGAUGCCUCUUCCUGAAAUUUGUCGCAAUUUCAGUGCUGUUUCUUGGUGCGGAAAACUUAAUGCUAUAGCUUGUGCUUCUGAAACAUGUGCUAGAAUUCCAAGGUCAACUGUAAAUCCACCAUUUUGGAUUCCUAUACAUAUUGUGAUCCCAGAGAGGCCAACUGAAUCUGCGGUGUUCAAUGUCAUAGCAGAUUCUCCUCGUGAUUCCGUCCAGUUUAUUGAAUGGUCCCCUGCCUGCUGUCCCCGUGCAUUAUUGAUAUCAAAUUUCCAUGGGAGGGUAACUAUUUGGACUCAACCAUCUCAAGGGCCAGCUAAUCUUGUAGUUGACAGUAGCUGCUGGCUACAAGAGCAUGAGUGGCGGCAAGAUAUUGCAGUUGCUACAAAGUGGCUAUCAGGGGUGUCUCUGUAUAGGUGGCUUUCAUCAAAAUCAAGUGCUCCUUCCAAUUCGAAGUCAAUAUUUGAGGAAAAGUUUAUUUCACAACAAUCUCAAACUUCAGCUAGAUGGCCCAAUUUUCUCUGUGUCUGUUCUGUAUUCUCAUCAGGCUCUGUUCAACUUCAUUGGUCCCAAUGGCCUCCCAGUCAGAAUGCAACACCACCCAAAUGGUUUUACACUAGUAAAGGACUAUUGGGCUGUGGGCCCAGUGGCAUUAUGGCUGGUGAUGCUAUCAUUACAGAAAGUGGUGCCAUGCAUGUGGCCGGAGUGCCAAUUGUGAAUCCUUCUACCAUUGUUGUAUGGGAGGUUAUGCCUGGGCCUGGAAAUGGUUUUCAAUUAACUCCAAAGAUAAGUAUUAAUAAUGGUGUCCCACCUCUUAGCCCACCCAACUGGAGCGGUUUUGCACCUUUAGCUGCAUAUUUAUUUAGUUGGCAAGAUUAUCUUUUAUCUGCAGAAAAGCAAGGGAGAAACCAAACAGACCAAAACCUUGGUGAAUCUAUACCACUUCACUGCUCACCGGUUUCAAAUUUUUCAGCAUAUGUGAGUCCUGAAGCCGCAGCUCAAUCUGCAGCAACCACCACCUGGGGUUCUGGUGUAACGGCAGUAGCCUUUGAUCCGACUUGUGGUGGUUCUGUGAUAGCUGUUGUGAUAGUUGAGGGGCAGUACAUGUCCCCUUCUGAUCCAGAUGAGGGUCCAUCAAUCACAGGGUGGAGGGUGCAACGCUGGGAAUCAUCUUUUCAGCAUGUCGUCCUCCAUCCAAUAUUUGGAAACCCUACUUCAAGUAUGGGUGGAAAGCCUCCUAUGCAAACUAUUUGGCAGUCCAAAGUGGACAUGAGUAUUCCACCAACAAAUGAUUUCAAGAGUCGUCAAACACCUCCAAUUGGAAUGAGUGCUAAUGUGCAAAAGGCAUCUGAAUCUGGUGCUGAUAAGUCAAAAGGGGUCAAUUUUGAUCCUUUUGAUCUUCCAAGUGAUAUUAGAACACUCGCACGGGUUGUUUACUCAGCUCAUGGUGGUGAAAUUGCGAUUGCUUUUCUUCGGGGUGGCGUCCACAUAUUUUCUGGUUUAAAUUUUGCACCUGUAGCCAAUUAUCAGAUUAAUGUUGGAUCUGCAAUUGCUGCUCCUGCUUUUUCUUCAACAAGCUGCUGUUCAGCUUCUGUUUGGCAUGACGCAAGCAAGGAUCAUACCAUAUUGAAAAUAAUCCGGGUUCUUCCUCCUGCUAUUCCAAUUGGUCAAGUGAAAGCAAACUCAUCAAUUUGGGAACGUGCAAUUGCUGAAAGGUUCUGGUGGAGCCUUUUGGUUGGGGUUGAUUGGUGGGAUGCUGUGGGUUGUACACAGAGUGCUGCUGAGGAUGGUAUUGUUUCACUUAACAGUGUGAUUGCAAUAUUAGAUGCGGAUUUCCAUUCACUUCCUACUGCUCAGCACAGACAACAGUAUUGUCCUAGUCUAGACAGGAUAAAGUGUAGGCUACUUGAAGGAUCAAAUGCUCAAGAGGUCAGGGCAAUGGUUCUGGAUAUGCAAGCUAGGUUGUUGUUGGAUAUGCUCGGGAAGGGAAUUGAAUCUGCUUUGAUAAACCCUUCAGCUUUAGUGCCUGAUCCAUGGCAGGUAUCUGGUGAGACAUUAUCCAACAUUGAUCCUGAAGCAGUGUCUGUUGAACCUGCAUUAAUUCCGUGUAUUCAGGCUUAUGUUGAUUCAGUUCUUGAUCUGGCCUCACAUUUUAUCACACGGUUGCGGCGUUAUGCAAGUUUUUGUCGUACAUUGGCAAGUCAUGCUGUGACUGCGGGGACUGGAAGCAACCGAAGUAUGGUUGCCAGUCCUUCCCAAAAUUCUACAACUCCUGCAACAAGUCAGGGAGGUGAAAAUGGGACAACCAGUUCUAGUGGAAACACACAGAUGAAAGCUUGGGUACAAGGGGCUAUUGCCAAGAUUAGCAGCACUUCUGAUGGAGUGUCCAACCUAACUCCUAAUCCCCCCAUCAGUGGUCCUUCAUCCCUUAUGCCAAUAAGCAUUAAUACAGGAACCUUUCCUGGAACACCUGCAGUUCGACUAAUUGGGGACUGUCAUUUCCUUCAUAGAUUAUGCCAACUUUUGCUCUUCUGCUUUUUCUUUCGACGAUCACAACUUCCCCGCUAUAUGAGUAGUGCACAGAGAACUGCUGAUACAAAUUCACAAAAGCCACAUCCUAAUGCUUCUGUUCCUUGCAAGAUGGAGGAAGUUGCAAAACCAGUGUCAAGUGGGGUUAGGUCAGAUGACAGUCAGACAGGUCGAGUUGGUCAGCCUGUGAAUGGGUCAAAAGGAGGUGAAGAACCAUCUCCAGGGCGUUCAAGACUUGGUACUGGAAAUGCAGGCCAAGGGUAUACUUUUGAAGAGGUCAAGGUACUUUUUCUAGUACUUAUGGAUCUAUGUCGCCGAACAUCUGGGCUGCAACACCCCUUGCCAGUUUCUCAGGUGGGGAGUAGCAACAUUCAGGUUCGGCUGCAUUAUAUUGACGGGAACUACACUGUACUGCCAGAGGUUGUUGAAGCAUCCCUUGGCCCACAUAUGCAGAACAUGCCUCGUCCUAGAGGUGCUGAUGCUGCUGGUCUUCUACUUCGUGAGCUAGAACUCCACCCUCCAGCAGAAGAGUGGCAUCGACGUAAUACAUUUGGUGGACCUUGGACUGAUCCAAAUGAUGAGGAUUGUGCAAAUGAUUCACCAAAACUAGUUAGUUUAAAUCCACUUGAUUCCAGUUCGUUGGAAAAUAGUGAUGUCUAUUAUGCAGCCAAUGGCUUGUGGCCAAGGAAGCGCAGGUUGUCUGAGCGAGAUGCAGCUUUUGGGUUGAACACUUCAGUGGGUCUGGGAGCUUAUCUUGGUAUAAUGGGAUCCCGAAGAGAUGUUGUUACUACACUAUGGAAGACCGGCCUUGAAGGGGUCUGGUACAAGUGCAUAAGAUGUCUAAGGCAGACUUGUGCUUUUGCUUCCCCUGGUUCCACCAACCUUCCUAAUCAAAAUGACCGGGAAAUUUGGUGGGUCAGCCGCUGGGCAUACGGCUGUCCAAUGUGUGGUGGAAGAUGGGCUAGAGUUGUAUAGCUGGCUCCGAACAACAAUUGUUGUUCUUGGUUGAGGGAAGAAAUGCAUAUAAGUGUGGCCAACUGUAGAAACUGGAUGUGUUGAUGAAAUGCUGACGGGAAUGGUACAGGGAAGAAGAGAUGUAGAUUUAUUUGAUUUCUUGUUCUACUGAUCACCUUGUUGGGUUCCAACUAUUCUAAAGUAAUUCAUUCAUAUCUCUAUUUUUGGUAAUCAUGAUACCUAGUCAACCCUAAUUAGUUGGAUAAGGCUUGGAUAUUACUGUUGUUGUAUGAAUCAUGAUACCACCAAAAUUAGGUCUUAUCCAUGUAGUGUUUAUAAGUUGCUUCUUGCAGGUAUAUGGUAAUUUGUUAAGGAUUUUUAAACUGUAAAUUACUUGAGUGCACCAUAUCAUACAAGGCAUAUGAACAACCAAGCAAUUAUAAUUUAUAUGUUUGUUUAUAUGAACCUUAUCACUCUCUGUCUUUGUCAUCCAAUCCUCAAAAAUUGAAUAUUUCUAACUUAUCCUGAUCUCUUGCAGCUUUUUAUGGGUAUUGAUAAUUUUUUUGCUAAUUGCAACCUAAUUUAGUCGGAGGAUGUUGACAGUUUCAUCUGCAUUUUUUCACCACUCAAGCCACACUACCUUAUCUAAUCAGCCAUGUCUUCAGAUGGUGACCAUCAUAUGCCUCUAGGCUAAGAUUCUCGAACCAAACGUGCAUGAUCAUCAAAAGACUUCUAGUUCAAUCACUCCAUUGGACUCAAAUGCAAAGUUCUAUAGAUGAAUUCAGUAACAGGUGGUUUAAGCUAUGUGGUGUAUGGGUAAACUUGUUGCCUUCAUUGGAGCAAAAAAUAGGUGCAGCUUUAGUUGUAUCAUCAAGAAAUUUCAUUGCAAUUGAACUCUUCAAUACAUUGUCUUGUUGCUGCAAUAUAUUUCUGUAACUGCUUGAUAGUCAGUCAGUCAUCACAUGCUGGUGGUUUACAUCAUUUACAACUUUUCAAAUUUCACUUAUAGUAAAUGGAUCCACAGUUCUACUAACAUGUGUUUUCUGAGUAGAAGGAAGUGUUGUGUAUGCCUCUAUCCUAUCCUAUGUACUGCAAGCUUUAUUAAUUAUUAAUUGACAGACAACAUACUUCAUUUUGUAAA